UCUUUGCUAAGUACAAGCAGACCCAAAAGAAGACGAAGGAGAAGGCUUGGAAACCUUACAAUCAUUUUUGACAGCUACCAAUCAGCCAACAGCUGGUUAGCUUAGUUUAGCACUGCAAGACUGGAGAAGGGGGCACAGCUGAUUUUGUCCAAAGGUGUAGAGCUCAGUCCAGUCUGGAGAUGACAGCACGAGCUCCGCGCCUCUGCCUCCUCGCUCUCCUGCUAAGAUGCGUCACCCCGCUGGCGAUCCCGCAGGACCGUUUGGACGCCACGAAAAUGGCCAGGCAGAAGCUGGAUCGUCUCUUCUAUCUUAAGGAUAUCCCCAGACCAGCGGUGGCUCCUCAGAAGAAGGCUCCUCAGUUUAUGCUGGAUCUUUUUAACGCGGUUUCCGUCACGGAUGGGACCCCGAAAAGCCAGACGGACAUUCUGGAAGGAAACACGGUGCGGAGUUUCAGCGAUAAAGGGCAACCUGGAGAGAGUUUUCACUUCUUCAACUUGUCAUCUUUCGGCAGAGAUGAAAGAAUGAUCAAAGCGCAGUUCCGCUGGUUCCGAAAGAAAAGGAAGUUUUAUCCCGGAAGGUUUCACACGCCUCAUUUCUACAAGGUGGCUCUCUAUGAGGUGCUGGAGAACCUCGUGAAGCCAUGGCGAGGAAACCUCAUCACCUCCAGAUUGGUUCCCCUGUACACACAAGGAUGGGAAGUCUUCAAUGUCACUCAAAUGGUAUCCAAGUGGAUCCAGAACAGUCAGGAGGGCAACGGCAUCCUGGUGGUGACUACACUUCCUUCCGGUAACUGGAUGGAGUCGGUGUUGCAUUCAUCUAAACAGAAUGUAGAGCUGACAGACACAAGCGCCUACCUGGUCAUAUUCUCACACGAUAAACAGACGGGAGCAUCGAACCACUCAUACUUUGGACAAACCCAACCUGAACCGGGUGCCCCCGAGCACCGCAGCAGAAGGCCUCGUGCAUCUUCGAGUGUCGUGCCCCUCGACAGCUCCCAGCACUGCCAGCGCAUUUCUCUGUUUGUUGACUUCGAGGAGAUCGGCUGGUCGGGCUGGAUCAUCUCUCCCCGUGGAUACAAUGCCUAUCACUGUACGGGCUCCUGUCCAUUCCCACUGGGGGUAGGCGUCAGGGCGACCAACCACGCCACAGUGCGUUCUAUCAUGCACGCGCUCAAGGUUGCUAGCGAUGAGGUGGAAGCGCCCUGCUGCGUGCCGGACACGCUCCAGUCUAUGAGUCUGUUGUAUUUUGAUGAUGAGGAGAACGUGGUUUUAAAGCAGUAUGACGACAUGAUGGCGUUAAGCUGUGGUUGUCAUUAGCUGCCUGUGUGUCUCCUGGAUUCUUUAACACUGGUUAACACAUGGGCAUGAAACAGUAAGGGUUAAGUUCCUGUGUUUUUGCUGGUAUUCACUUAGGCACUGAAAGAGCUAUUUCAUAGCUACUCGUCACUAAUCCUUUGACAAUGCAAGUCCAAUGACCUACAGUUGUUCUCCAUUUUUAAAUAUUGUUUAUAUAGUUUAUAUUGUGGCCCAAAGGCCCACUUCAGGUUCUUCUUCUGGAGUGUAAUUUGAAUGUUUCUGUGACACUGAUAUGUCCAUGGUGCUGAGCAAGCCCAUGUGGUCUGUCCUACAAAAUAAUUACUUUUUAUUUGGAAUUAACUUUUACUGUCUCUCAGCGUUACUGUGGUAGCUGCCACUAAAAUGCUCAAAAAUUACAAUUAAAGGUGAUGAUUUCAAGUAUUCAUUGUUUUAGUUCAGAAGUGCAUCAAAUUAAAGCUGUUUUUACAUUUAAGCAAAGAACUACUCCAACAUUUUUAAAGUAACUUAAUUUCUUAAUUGGCUAUUUUAAAAAAAACAAAAACAUAUUUGGAUAAAUUGAUUGGUUGAAAAUGAUUUCUGGGGACUAUUAUUUAUUAACUGUCGUAAAGAUACAUAUCAAUGUUUUACAAGGGGAUUUGGACUGAGUAAUGAGUCAGUGUUGAAUUUUUUUUUAUAUAUAUUUUUCAAAACACAAAUACAAAAAUUUAAAAAAAAAAAGUGUGAUGUACAAAAAAAAGCUCUGGAUGUUGAUUUCAAGGCAAAAAAAAAAAGAAUAUGCAAGUUGUUACAACCUGGUUCUGUAAUGUUAGAAACAAUGUUACAUGUUUGUGUUUUAUUAAAGGCAGGGGGGCUAUGCUGAAUGAACUGGGGAAAAUUAAAAGACCCUGCAUUGUAUUUUCAAGUUCUUAUUGUAUCAUAUUAGAGCACACAGGAAAUAAAAGAAGCACACGAGUGCCCAGAAACAUU